AUGGCUGUGGUGUGCUCAAGCAACCAGAACGGGAGCAUGGAGACACACAGCAUGUUGAGAAAACGAGGAUUCAACAUGAAGUCCUUCAGAACAGGAGGCUUUGUGAAGCUUCCUGGGUCUACACCUGAUAAGCUGAAUAUUUAUGAGUUCCAAACUACAUAUGACAAAAUGUACCAUGACCUGCUGAAGAAGGAUAAAGCCUUCUACACAGAGAAUGGCAUUUUACACAUGCUGGACAGAAACCAGAGAAUCAAGUCUUGCCCUGAAUGGUUCCAAAGCAGCAAAGAUCUCUUCAAUGUGAUAUUCAUAUGUGACAAGUAUUUCUAUGACCAGGUGGUGAAUGCCCAGGAAUGAGAGGUGUGUCAGCUGGUACAUGUGAUCAAUGUGAACACCUCUGAUAACUACGAAGAAGCAACCUUUGGGGCCUUCCUCAUCUGUGAGCCCUGCUUUAGUAUCCAGUAUAUUGAAGAUGUGGAUGACAAAAUCUCAGAGCUGCUGCAAAUGUUUGAGAAAAUGACUGGCAAGACCUUCUUGCACACUCUCUGCUUCUACUGUGGAGGACUGCUGGCUGCCCUCUGA